CUGAAUCCGAAUGGUAGAAAUGUUCACAACCUACGAAAUAGUGUAGGCAGCAUUUUUAAUAAAACAAUAAAUCUCGUCUUUCCAAAUAUUUUCCAUUCUUUCGUAAAAUAAAAGUGAAACUAUAUUGUAGAAAAUGGAUAAUUGGGAUUCCGAAUCUGGUUCUAGCGAAACAUCUCAAUUCGAACUGGAUUUUGUUGAUUUGUGUAGUAACGCUUACAGUAACAAAAAUAAUGAGGGCAAGACUGUUCGCUUCAAUGUCGACUUAUUUUCAAACGACAAUUCCAACUAUUCGAUUUUCAAUUAUGUAGAACUGAUGGCCUUUCAAGAAAAGGAAGAAAGUAAAUCAAAAGAUGAAUGCGCUUCAGACACAUUUACCAGAGAUGGCGCUGCACAAAAAGCUAAUAAAGUAAAUAAAAAAAAAACAAAAACAGAUAACAAAAAAAAUAAAACACAGAAUCGUAAUGACAUAGGAUUUGGGUACGAUGCAAACGAUUCGUUUAUUGAUAAUUCGGAAAAAUAUGAUGAGUUUGUACCAGAAGAUCUUGAUACAUGUCAUAGAGGUUUAUAUAUCAAUAAGGGUCUGCUGAUAUAUAAAAAAGUAGGAACAAUUUGUAAUAAAACUAACGUUAAAGUUACGAUUGAUAGUGAGUUACAACUCAUGAAGGUUAGGAGAAGUCAAAGACGGACUCAGUGUUCAGUUUCCAGAUUUUGAAUCUUCAAUACCAGCUCCAGCUACCGCAAUGGAUCUUACUAAGACCUUUACACAGAACCGCAAAGAAGUCAUAUUAUCAUAACAAGAAAGACUGAAAAUUUAAU